GCUCACACCAGCCAAUGGGAGCCCCGCAUUAUCUGAUUAGCGAGAGGCGACGAAAAGAAGCUCAUCAUCAACGUCAACGCAAUUGAAUCCCGUUCGCGUGGGCUGUUAAGAGCUGUCAAUCGCCCCCCCGACGACAGACCACUCUCCACUCUUACACCCUUGGAGGUUUUAUUAUCUUCAAAUAGCCUUGAUAUCGGCAGACAAGAUGCUGGCAUCAAGACGAGUCACCUCGCUGGCUCUUAGAGCCAAGCCGACCACCCAAUUCGUCCCCCUGCGAUCCGUUGCCGCCAUCUCGACCACAACCAAGAAGGAUGCUACACCCGCUGUAGCGUCUCACGGCUCGACGAGCAUACUGCCCCGUGAGCGCAAGGAGGUUCCCCUGCCCAGCCAGGAAGGCACAAAGGGUGCUAUUCAAUAUGCAUUGACGACUCUGGAUCAGGUCGCCAACUGGGCACGCCAGUCCUCCUUGUGGCCCAUGACUUUCGGUCUCGCCUGCUGUGCCGUCGAGAUGAUGCACUUGUCGACACCGCGAUACGAUCAAGACAGACUCGGAAUCAUUUUCCGUGCCUCGCCCCGUCAGUCCGAUGUGAUGAUUGUCGCCGGAACCCUCACCAACAAGAUGGCCCCGGCCCUUCGCCAGGUUUACGAUCAGAUGCCCGAGCCCCGGUGGGUCAUUUCCAUGGGUAGCUGCGCCAACGGAGGAGGUUACUACCACUACAGCUACAGUGUUGUCCGUGGCUGCGACAGAAUCGUGCCCGUCGACAUCUACGUCCCCGGUUGCCCGCCCACAAGUGAGGCUCUGAUGUACGGUAUCUUCCAGCUGCAGCGCAAGAUGAGGAACACCAAGAUUACACGGAUGUGGUACAGGAAGUAGAGGGAAUCAGAUCGACUCAAGUCAUUACGCAUCGUCUCUUUUGUUCAUGGGAGGCAUUGUACAUAUGUUACGGCUUCAGAUACACCAACGGUUGUAGACUAUUCGAGGAGUUGGUAGAUGCUUUUAUUCGCCAAAUCAAAAUUGGAUUUAACAAAC